AUGUGUACGAGGAGAUCAGCGACGCCCCCUCUGCUGCUGCUGCUGAGGGGGCGGGGCCUAAAAAUGCCAACGAGAACCUCCAGCAGAGAAAGGCGGGGUUCCGUCUGUUUGAGGGGAGGGACGGGGGGCGGGGACUACUGGCAGCAGGAGGCAGUGGGGUCGAGGCUGCACCACUACGACGAGCGCUCGGACGGUGAGUCAGACAGCCCUGAGAAGGAGGCGGAGUUUGCUCCGUACCCGCGGGCAGACAGCUGCGACCAGGACGGUGAAGAGGACAUCAACAUGAUCGUAACGGAAGUCAGAGAGAGUUCCAGCUCUCAGAGUCUGGAGAGAGCUGCUGCUGGGUUGGGGGAGGGAGGAGACAAAGAAGACAUGAUGAAAGGAGGAGAGGAAGAGGGAGACUCUUACAACUCCCAAUCCGACGCCCCCACAGACUCCAAACAUCCCAAGAGAGAGAUGGAAAGAGAGGGGGAUGAGAGAAAAGGAGAGAACGUUCCAGCCCCAGCAGACAGUCCCUCUGAGGACUCGUCUGGGGUUCGUGAGAAAAGAGACGCCAUCACCCUGGCCAUAAAGGACAUCAAGGAGGCCAUAGAGGAAGUGAAGACCAGAACGGUGAGGUCACCCUACACCCCUGAUGAGCCUAAAGAACCCAUCUGGGUGAUGAGACAGGACCUGAGUCCCACCACUGAGUGUUGUGACCUGCAGCCCUCACUAGGGGGCGACUCUCCAGGUUCAGACUCUCAAGCCUCUCCUCAGGGGGCGGAGUCUUCAAUCCGGACACCCAUGCUUGAAGGGAGUGAAAGCUUCGAGUCUCCACCGCUUUCCACUAAAGAGUCCAGGAGAAGCCUGGCCUCCUUUCCUACCUAUGUAGAAGUCCCAGGUCCAUGUGACCCAGAGGACCUGAUCGAUGGGAUCAUCUUUGCUGCUAACUACCUGGGCUCCACCCAAUUGCUGUCUGACAAGACCCCCUCCAAGAACGUCCGCAUGAUGCAGGCCCAGGAGGCUGUCAGCCGCAUCAAGACGGCCCAGAAAUUAGCCAAAAACAAGAAGAAGGCUCCAGAAGGUGAGGCCCAGCCCAUGACAGAGGUGGACCUCUUCAUCUCCACCCAGAGGAUUAAAGUCCUCAACGCUGACUCACAGGAGACUAUGAUGGACCACCCUCUGAGGACCAUCUCCUACAUCGCUGACAUCGGCAACAUUGUGGUUCUGAUGGCAAGGCGCCGUAUGCCCCGCCCAGACUCCAUGGACAGUGUGGAGGCGUCAGACCCCGCCGAGGACGAGAAACAACGGCAGUACAAGAUGAUCUGCCACGUCUUUGAGUCCGAGGAUGCCCAGCUGAUUGCCCAGUCUAUAGGCCAGGCCUUCAGUGUGGCGUACCAGGAGUUCCUGCGGGCUAACGGCAUCAACCCAGAGGACCUGAGUCAGAAGGAGUACAGUGACCUGCUCAACACUCAGGACAUGUACAACGACGACCUCAUACACUUCUCCAAGUCUGAGAACUGCAAAGACAUUUACAUCGAGAAGCAGAAAGGUGAGAUUCUGGGUGUGGUCAUUGUGGAGAGUGGGUGGGGCUCCAUCCUGCCCACAGUAAUCAUCGCCAACAUGAUGCAUGCUGGUCCGUCGGAGAAGUCAGGCCGUCUUAAUAUCGGAGACCAGAUUAUGUCUAUCAACGGGACCAGUCUGGUGGGGCUACCCCUGUCCACCUGCCAGACCAUUAUUAAGGGUCUGAAGAACCAGUCUCGUAUCAAGCUGAACAUCGUCAGGUGUCCUCCUGUUACCACAGUGCUCAUCAGACGACCUGACCUCAGAUACCAGCUGGGCUUCAGCGUACAGAACGGCAUUAUCUGCAGCCUUAUGCGAGGGGGCAUCGCUGAGAGGGGAGGGGUCAGGGUCGGCCACCGCAUCAUCGAGAUCAAUGGUCAGAGCGUGGUGGCCACACCCCACGAGAAGAUCGUCCACAUCCUGUCCAACGCUGUGGGAGAGAUCCACAUGAAAACGAUGCCAGCUGCCAUGUACCGCCUGCUAACUGCCCAGGAGCAACCUGUUUACAUCUAGUGAUGACCUCCCUCUCCUACCCGACAUCCGCCCUCACCCCCUGAUGACCUCACUCCCUGAUGACGUCACCCCUGACCCCCAGCAUCACUGCACCCUCUAUGUGUGAGCAACUCCUCCCCUCCCUCAAACCCCAGAUCACCAUUGGACACUGAAGCUUCUUAAUCCUUACGAAUGGAUGUAUUACAUGCUCUGGAUUACUAUUUUAUCCAAUCUGAUUGUUUUGCUGUGGAGAGUAGAGUUUGGCUGAAAAAGACAGCUUGUUCAAGCCCCUCCCAUACCGAGGGUUGCUUCAUGAACUUCGCACUGACCUUCCCUUCUUUCCCAUGUUUCUUUCUCUCCCUUUCUCUGUUUCUCUCUCUCUCUCUCUCUCUCUCUCUCCCUCUCACUUUCUAUCAGUCACCCUCCCUUCUCUAUCCCUCUCUCUUUCUCUCCCUCUCUUUCUCUCACCGGCUGCACUCGUCUGAUGUAAUGUUGAAUAAUUCUGUGUUCUCCCACAACACAAACAAAAGAGAGGGAGUGUGAAACUUGCUGAUGAACAAGUGUUACUACUCUGAACAACAAACCCCUAUCACUCCUCGUCAUAACAUUCCAUGCCUUCCGUCUAACGUUAAUGAAUGUCCAAGCAGGGAGGACUUUUCCCGACUCGAAGUCCAGCAGGAAAGAUAAAGAAAAUCAAACGUUCCCAUCCCAGUUUUCUUUAUGUUGUUUUUAAGGCUGAGAUUUGGGCUGAUAUAACAAGCAUUCCAAGUUUCUCCACACCCAUCUGUUUCAGUCAGGCCUCAUCAAGGGAAGGCAUAGACCAAAUUAUUUCAAACCUUCCAAAGGAAUUCACAUUCCCUUCUGAAACAACAUUCAGUCCAGGAAAAACAGUUCUACAGGGCUGGAGGCUCGGUUCGGCUAAUCACGUACUAUUUCCACCCUGGGAAGAGGGGACUCUGCAUCAUCAAACCACCAUAUGUCUUAAGGGUUUACAGUCACUCUGAGACCAGAGCUUAAAGUAAAUGCCCAGUGUUUCCAGAUUUCUAUGAAAUAUGACCAGUAAUUACAAUAUGAGUGAAAUGGUUUUCGUUUUAAAAAAAUUGUAAUUGGUAUGGUAAAAAGUAGCUUUUCUGUGUUGGAAUGAUGUGGGCAUACCCCAACAACAGAAUAGUGUGGGCGUAUACCGGUCAUAAAACAUAUUCACACAAGUAGACCACUGAUUGACCAGCUCAGCCUCCUCUAGAUAGCUGAUUGGCCAGCUCAUCCUCCUCAAGGAGAUACGUCUAUGAGAAAAUAACAAGCAUUUUUGAAAAGGUUUGGUGGAGAUUUGAGGUGGGGUUUUUUAAGUGUUUUUUUCUACAAUUUAUGCUUUGGCCACAUAGAAGUCAACAACAUUAUUUGGAUAUAAGUUAACAGCAUAAGAACUUUUAAAGUGAGAUUUUAACUGGGCAGUUACUUUAAGCCAUACGUUACAUUUCACAUAGGAUGUAUCCCAAAUGGCACCCUAUUCCCUAUAGUGCACUACUUUUAAGCAGGGCCCAUAGGGCCUGAGUUGAAAGUAGUGCACUGUGUAGGGGAUAGGGUGCCAUUUGGGACACCACCACAAAGGUUCUGUACUAUAGGCACUGGUGCUGGAAUACUAUAGAAGCUAAAACUUUUCAGAUCCAUCUUAGGCUGAGGAGAGAUAGCAGAGGUCAACCAGAUGUGUAUAGAAUACCUCAGACUUUGGCACCAAACUGAAGUUCAGGAUUAAAUAUUUUUUGGGGGAUCAGGAAAGUUGGAUUAGAUUGUGUUACAGUACAACCUUAAAAACAACCACCAAUGAAAUUAUUUUAUAUUUUCAUUACCAAGGAUUUUACAUUCCUCUUGUCUUAUUUAAUAUUUAAAAAAAUGUUUUGAAUAUAAUCUGUAAUAUUUAUGCCAGACUAUACUGUAAUUCUGUUUAUAGGUCAUAAUAUUGCAUUGCAUUUGGAUCUCAAUCUUUAUACUUGAAGGAUGCUUAUCAUAGUACAAGAAAUGGGUCAUUAGUUUGUUAUUUAAAAAACAUGAUUUAUUCUUUUAUUUUUAGAUUUUAUUUUGUUAUCUCGCAAAUGUGAAGAAAUGAAAGUACUUUGAGUCAACAUAUCAUCUCAUCUCCCUGGUGUACAUGAUUCACAUGUCCUCAAAUGUAUCUGUGUUGCAUAAAGUGGAUAGAAGUUCCCCUCCUGUUUAUGUUGGGCCCUGCUGCCUUUCUGACUAGAAGUGAUUAAUGAGGCUACAGUGUUUUGAGACUAGGAGCUCGAUUCAAUCCUUAUCGGCGAAUAGCAACUUGACAUUUAAAGGUAAUUUCUGAUUUAGCCAACAUAUGCAGCAUUUACCGUGAAUUCAGUCUCCGCGAACGCAGGAAUAGUGCCUUUACAUUUCAAUCGCGCUAUAGCGCCGCACUUCGGCGAUGCGGUUUGAAUCAAGCCCUAGUAACUAAAGCAAGAUGCGACGACUUACCUCUGAUAAUGAACAUGUUAACCACAAUGGAAGCAUUAUGUUGUAGUAGUAAAUUGAUGAGCAGAUGCUCUGAUUAUGGCCUUGCUGUAGGAGUGUCAGCUAAUGCAGAUGAUGGAUUGACAAUGGGAAGGAAUGACUAAUGUUGUUAUGAUUCCUCCUCUAUAACCACAUAUCCUCCCUUUCAUUGAUCUGUCUGGCCUGCCGUAUACAUUUCAAAACCUAUUUUCUUCACAAUGAGAAAUAAGACACUUCUCACUCUAGCUCUACUCUGGGUCUGUAGCUUACUUAAGAAUCAGAUCUAGUUAUUUAAGAAUGUUUUCAAAUGUAAUUCUGAAAUGUCUAGAACUCUAGACAGUAAAAAAAAUAAUUCCAGGAAGCUUACAUCUUGUUUAACGUGAAUGAGCUUUGACCUUCUGCCCAGACAUCCUCUCCCUCACUUCGUGUCUCCUGUGUCACUUCCCGCUUGAGACGCCCCCUCUGGAUUCGUGUUUACAAACUGUCAUGGGACAGUUUCCGGGUUGUGGAGUGGACACACAUUAUGACGCAACACCUCUGUAGGAGGGACACAUUCUGUUGCGACACCUCUGUAGGAGGGGACACACAUUAUGUUGCUACACUGACUUGUGGAGGGGACACACAUUAUGACGCUACACCUCUUGCUAGUUGCUGCUGGAGCACCCUGCCACCUGAGCUUGUGUGCCAAACGUUGACCCUUCCCCUCUGCCCUACUCUCCCCUCUAAGCCAUUGAUUGUUCCAAAUGUCUAUUCUAUCUCAUCCCUAAAUCAAAUUUUGGCCUUAUUUAUUACUGUACUUAUGACAUUGAACUAAUAAAUGAUACUGAAAAAGUUGUUCCUGUACGGUUGACCACAUGAUGUUUUAGCAUGGUUCAUCUAUGGAGUCACCGGUCGGUCGGUAAUAUGCUGUAUCAUUCCUGCUUCUAGUGUGUGUGGUGUGUAAUGACAACUUCUUUACUCCAUGUUAAACCAAAACCAGCUGGACUACAUAAUAUAUACAUGAAUAUAUAUAAAGGUAUAUAUACUUCUAAUGGUUAUUUGUGUGUUUGGAUUGACCAUAUAAGCAAGCUUCAAUGAAUAACAAGUAACGUGAAAAGAGAAUUCAGACUAAUGUCAAGGGCCCUUAACGUGACUCUGAAAGAAGUGGUUUCAUAUGAACUAGAGAUGCAGUUGAUUGUGUGAAAAGACAUAACUGUACGUAUUUGACUAGUGCACAAGGUCACAAACACAGGGGCUUAUUACUAUAGACCUCCCCCACAAGAAAGUUGUACUUUGUAAAGAGAUGGGGAGCAAACAUACACUUGAGUAGGUGGUGACUGAGAGGUGGGAUAACUAGUGUUUAUAAUGCACUGUUUUGAAUGUAAUUAAUCUUUAAAAAACACUUUCUGUAAAGCUAUGGCAAUGUUUAUUUAUUUGCUAGCUUUUCUGUGAUGUUACAGCUAUUGACUACAUUACCUUAUCAGAACUGGAAUGUUUGUAACGGUAUUUACAACAAUAAACUACUUGCAAAAGGA